CAUUUAGGUUUUUACUUGUUUACUCUCCUCUCGCCUCGCUUCACAAGUCACACGCGACACACAGUUCAUCUCCAAUGGCGCCCAAGACACAGAGAGUGACACGUAACCCGGAAUUGAUCCGUGGGGUCGGAAAGUACUCACGUUCUCAGAUGUACCACAAGAGGGGACUCUGGGCUAUCAAGGCCAAGAACGGAGGCAAAUUCCCAACCCACGAAAAGAAAUCUGUAGCUGCUGAGCCAGCCGCCGAGAAGGCUCCCAAAUUCUACCCUGCUGAUGAUGUCAAGAAGCCGCUUUCCAACAAGCGCAAGCACAAGCCCACAAAACUUAGGGCAAGCAUUACUACAGGGACAGUGUUGAUCAUAUUGACUGGAAGAUUUAAGGGGAAGCGUGUUGUUUUCUUGAAGCAGCUUGCUUCUGGAUUGUUGCUUGUUACCGGACCAUUCAAGAUCAAUGGUGUUCCUCUAAGACGUGUCAACCAGGCCUAUGUUGUUGCUACUUCAACAAAGGUUGACAUCUCUGGGGUGAAUGUGGAGAAGUUCGAUGACAAGUACUUUGCUAAGCAAGCUGAGAAAAAGAAGAAGAAGGGCGAAACUGAAUUCUUCGAGGCAGAAAAAGAGGAGAAGAAUGUGCUCCCAGCAGAGAAGAAAGAUGAUCAGAAAGCUGUUGAUGCAGAUUUGUUAAAAGCUAUUGAGUGUGUUCCAGAAUUGAAGUUCUAUUUGGGUGCAAGAUUCUCUCUAAAGGCUGGAAUGAAACCUCACGAGCUUGUCUUCUAGAUAAAUGACGUACUUUUAAGAUUGUUAGAACAUAUAUUGUUACUCGGGUUCCUGUAUUUUGUCUUCCUCAAAUUGUCUUUAGAGAUUAAUAUUGGAACGCUGUUUUAUCUGUUAUAAACAUCAAGUUUUGCUGUUAAUGUCGUGUGACUUUUAUUGGCUAG